CUCAGUAAUCAGUGAUUAAACACUGUUCGCUUGUAUGCUAUCAUGUUUUUAGAGCGGUGUGCAAUGGUUUAAUAUGGUUGUAAAAGAAGUUGAUAGAUAUAUUACUAGCAGAUGUAUUUUGUACGUGGCACAAACUGCGUUGAAUUAAAGUGUCCAUUUGAAUUUGAAUAUUUUUUUUUUCCUAUAAAUUUUUUCAGUAUGUACAUAUAUGUGAGAGGCAACUAUUUUAAACGGUAUUCUGUACACGUGUGCAUGAUUUAAUUUAUAUUAAAGUUGUUUUAUGUUGAUAAUUAUCAGUGAAAUAUGACUUCCGAAGAGAAGCGCAGUUUAACACUACUUUCGAAGAAGUCUGUCAUAUAUGGGAGUCUUCCGGCUGAUUCAACCAACCAGUCGACCAUUCAGCAUGUCAUCUACUGUAUCCAUGGAAAGCCGAAUGGUUGUUGUGUGUUGUCUGAUUCAGAGAUCAUCGACCAGCCGAUAAAUGGCGACGCAACUUCUAACCACGAGCGGAAGGAUCCCUUUACAGCGACAAUUGUUGGGGAACAUUGCCAUCAGUUUAUUCCCACCACAGUAGACAGAAAGGCGCGACGUAAACUGAUCAUCGCCAGUAUUCUUUGUGUCGUCUUCAUGAUCGGAGAAGUCGUCGGUGGUUAUCUGUCAUCGAGUCUCGCCAUAGCAACGGAUGCAGCGCACUUACUCACUGAUUUUGCAAGCUUUAUGAUCUCACUGUUUGCACUGUGGGUUGCAUCACGGCCACCAACUCGCGUGAUGAGUUUCGGCUGGCAUCGAGCCGAAGUUCUGGGAGCGCUGACUUCUGUCCUCAUGAUAUGGGUGGUCACUGGCAUUCUGGUCUACCUAGCAGUACAGAGGGUCAUCACUAGAGACUUCGAGAUUGAGAGUACAUCGAUGCUCAUCACGUCUGGUGUUGGAGUUGCAGUUAACUUGGUGAUGGGCAUCACUCUUCAUCAGCAUGGCCACUCCCACAGCAGUUCCCAUAACCGUGCAGAGAGUCAGAUAGAAAGUCAUAGUCCUCGGCAAAAUAUUAAUGUUAGAGCUGCUUUCAUCCAUGUUUUGGGUGACUUUAUCCAGAGCUUUGGCGUUUUUAUAGCUGCUUUGGUAAUAUUUUUCAAGCCUACGUGGGUUCUAGUGGACCCAAUUUGUACAUUCCUCUUCUCUGUUUUGGUGCUAAUAACAACCUUUGCAAUCAUCAAGGAUACGAUGCGGGUGCUAAUGGAAGGUCUGCCCAAAGGGAUGGACUUCACCCAAGUUAUGAACACGUUCCUGAAUAUAGAGGGGGUGGUUCGAGUGCACAACUUGAGGAUCUGGGCCCUGAGCAUGGACAAAACAGCAAUUUCAGCCCAUCUUGCUGUUUCUCUUGGAGCAAGUCCUCAGAUGGUUCUCCAGCAGGCCUUGCAUGAUAUCCGAUCUCAAUUCAACUUCUAUGAGGUGACGUUGCAGAUAGAGGCAUUUGACCAGAACAUGGAGGAUUGUGUGCAGUGCAAGUGCCCAGAUUCAUAGCACAUUCUAUCUUGCGGUAACUGCAGUGCAGAGUGUGAGCGGUAAGCAGCACACAGACAUCUUAUAAUGAGGCAUGAAUAUAAAAUGGAAGAACUACUUUGAAGGCAGUAAUAACAUCCGAGUUUCUAACUCUUUCCUGUAUUCUGUACUUACAUUAAUUUAAAUAAACUGUAAUAUGAUCUUUCCUUUUUGUUGUCAUAUAAAUAAAUGUAAUUCUAAUAGUUAUUAUGAUAAAAUAUGUGUGGAUAAGGAAUAUAAACAUUAAGAGGUCCUACAGCGCCUAGAAGAGACAAUUAUCUCCAAAAAGUGACGGAAGGCUUUGAAACAGAAUCUGUGCUUCCCAAGUCUGCACUGAACGCAGUUUGCAGACAGAGAAGAUCAAGAGUAAUACUUCUGAUAAUUUCUGAAGAUGUGCCUCCACUGUAGUUCAUGUUAUUAAUUAAAAAAUUGGAUCGAUAUUCUAAAUAUUUAUUACAUUCUUAUAUGUUUUCAGAUUUCAGAAAUACAGUCUCAUCAUCAUAAUAAGUUUUAUUUGAUGAUGGUAUGUAAUAGCAUAUAAAUUGAAAUGCAAACAUAUUACAACAUAUUUAAUGUGUUAAAGAGUUAUGAAAGUUAAGUCAUGUUUUCUUUCUAUUGUGUGUAUGUUGUAAACUUACUUAUAUAUGAAUUCAGAUGGAAUUAAAUUUAGUGCUUUGUAACAUGUAAUUUCUCUGAAAUAUUAUUUUCACAUCAUCUCUGUUAAUACUGAAGUUACAUUUAAGUGAACUGUAUCCAUGUAUACCAAUAUUAAGUAUUUUGCAAUAGUGUUCUAUAUACUACUUAAAAUUCCAUUAUCAUAUUUUGUAUCCUCUUUAUUUUUUAAGUUCUAUACAGCUGAUGUAAGUUCCUCGCUGUCAAUGCCGUUAUGAACUUCUUCAAUGGUGUGGUUAGGAUCGUUAUUUAUUGAGCAUGUUGCCUUAUUAAUAUGAUGGGUGUCUGACUCUAGCCAGGCUUUUCUGUAAUUAGUGAUGCACUGUUUAUAAGUUGUGGAACAGAAACAGUGUUACUCUCAAAAUAUAUCUGAGUUAAUCUGCCGUUUAUUACAACAGACUUAUAAAGUUUGCAGUUUCAAAUAUAUCGAGAGUUUUCAAUGUUACAAGAACGGGCUGCUUCCUACCUUACUGUCUGGUUGCUAGCUUAUAAAUAAGGAUAAUUUAUUGAAACUUCGUGGAACUUUAUUAAAAAUCUUAGGAAAGUU